AUGCCAGCAGCAACUGUAGAUCAUAGCCAAAGAAUUUGUGAAGUUUGGGCUUGCAACCUGGAUGAAGAGAUGAAGAAAAUUCGUCAAGUUAUCCGAAAAUAUAAUUAUGUUGCUAUGGACACCGAGUUUCCAGGCGUGGUUGCAAGACCCAUUGGAGAAUUCAGGAGCAAUGCUGACUAUCAGUACCAACUGUUGCGGUGUAAUGUAGACUUGUUAAAGAUAAUUCAGCUAGGACUGACAUUUAUGAAUGAGCAAGGAGAAUACCCACCAGGAACUUCAACUUGGCAGUUUAACUUUAAAUUUAAUUUGACGGAGGACAUGUAUGCCCAAGACUCUAUAGAGCUGCUCACAACAUCUGGUAUCCAGUUUAAAAAACAUGAGGAGGAAGGAAUUGAGACCCAGUACUUUGCAGAACUUCUUAUGACAUCAGGAGUAGUCCUCUGUGAAGGGGUCAAAUGGUUAUCAUUUCAUAGUGGUUAUGACUUUGGCUACUUAAUCAAAAUCCUGACCAACUCUAACUUGCCUGAAGAAGAACUUGACUUCUUUGAGAUCCUUCGAUUGUUUUUUCCUGUCAUUUAUGAUGUGAAGUACCUCAUGAAGAGCUGCAAAAAUCUCAAAGGUGGUUUACAGGAAGUUGCUGAACAGUUAGAGCUGGAACGGAUAGGACCACAGCAUCAGGCAGGAUCUGACUCAUUGCUCACAGGAAUGGCCUUUUUCAAAAUGAGAGAAAUGUUCUUUGAAGAUCAUAUUGAUGAUGCCAAAUAUUGUGGUCAUUUGUAUGGCCUUGGUUCUGGUUCAUCCUAUGUACAGAAUGGCACAGGGAAUGCAUAUGAAGAGGAAGCCAGCAAGCAGUCAUGA